AUGGCAGAGAACAAGCGGCCGAUCGGCCUUCUUUUCGAUAUUGGCGGCGUUUGUGUUGUAUCGCCAUUCCAAGCUAUUCUAGACUAUGAGAUCUCUCAAAAUAUCCCACCUGGAUGGGUGAACUUCAGCAUCUCACGAACAUCACCCAACGGUGCCUGGCACAAGAUCGAACGAGGCGAGAUCAAGAUGGACGCCGAGUUCUUUGCCGCAUUCAAUCGAGAUCUCCGUCACCCGACGCUUUGGAAGCAAUUCCACGAGCAAUUACAGCAAAAGAAAGGGGCGAGCGGAAGCCCGUCUACUAAAGUGGAUGCAGAAUGGCUCUUCUGGGAGAUGAUGAGGGUAUCUCGAACACCGGAUCCAUAUAUGUUCCCCGCUUUGAAGCGAUUGAAGGCAUCGGGGAAAUUCCUGAUGGGUGCUCUAUCGAAUACCGUCAAGUUCCCGGAUGGUCAUGCGUAUAAUACGGAUGAGACGGGAGUACGGUCGCAGUUUGACUUUUUCGUUUCAUCGGCGCAUACUGGGCUUCGCAAGCCUGAUGCUAGAAUCUAUGAGGCUGCGAUUCGGGAAAUGGACGGUUUGGCUAAGAAGCGUGGUUUGCCCGGGGCGGAGGCUUCUGAUAUCGUCUUCUUUGACGAUAUUGGUGAGAAUUUGAAGGCGGGGAAGCGAUCUGGACUGCGGACUGUGAAGGUGACACUUGGGAAAACUUUGGAUACAGUGAAAGAACUGGAGCGGAUCACUGGUCUUCAAUUGUUGGAGAGUGAGGAUAAGGCGCGGCUAUAG